CUUUCUUCGACUCGUUCCUUAUCCUCCUUUGCCAAUUUUUCUAGGCGCUUCCUCUGAGCAAGUGUCCCGCCUUCAUCGUCGCCUCGGCCGCCCUGUCGCAUCACCCAUCACAACAACGCCUUUCCUUUUGAUUUUUCUCCCUUUCGAAACCCGCGCGCGCCCGAAACGCACCAAAGCUCUAGCUUCACUCCUCUUCUUCUACCAAUUCUCCCGUGUGCGGCCUUUGACUCGCUGCUCGCUCCACGCUCCUCCUUGACGCUGGCUGAACAAAGGUCGAAAUCUCCGAGACACCCUCAGCUCGAAUUGUCCAGUCGCCUUGUGCCUCCCAUAUAGCCUUGCGCGCAGUAAUCCUUGCCCGUGUGGUCAACGUGCUCCAGUCGCGAGACUGGUAGCCUUCCGUUGCCCACCAUGGAUAGUCUCGCAUGCCAUGUCAUUUACGUCAAUCGCAGCGUUGGAGAGGCCCGGCUGCUGCGCGCCAUACCUGACGAUUCCGCGGCCUCGCCGACAGGCGCUACCCCCGAUUGGAGGCGCGAUCGCGUUCGAGAACUUGUCCAGCCUCUCCUCGACACAUUUGGUGACGUUCAUGUCUGUGCCACCGGCGCCGCCUGCAUGGACAAGUUGAUGCAGCUUCACGAAGCCGGGUCCAUGAUGGACAUGACACCAACCAUGGUUCUUCUAGACACGCCCCAUGAUGAAUGGAUACCCGAGUCCUAUUCCAACCCAAACUCUUCCUCUCCCGACCCCAAUUUUGUCAACCGCGACGCCGAGAUUCAUACACCUGACGAGAACCUCUACGGCCUGACGCUCCUCCAGAGGCUCAUCACCGAGGCCCACCUGCGAAGCAUUUCCAAGCUCGUCGUCCCCAUCCCCAUCAUCAGCUAUCCAGAGACUCGCGAACAGAUGACCGACGGCACGACCGAGCCCUUGCCGGCUCAACCCGUCAGUCGUAAGCUCAUAAGGAGGUGCUUGGACCUUGGCGCCGUCGACGUGAUAAUCAGCCCCCUGGGCCCUAAGUGUAUCGCAACGCUGGAAAUAUGCGCUUAUAAGGCCCAUAGGGACGCCGCUAGGGACCAGCAGGCAAUGAUGGAGAUUACAAAGGGCCGCAAGCGAUCAUGGGUUGGCGUCGACGACCAGAAGCCCUUUGCCUACCUCCGAGAGGCAAUGGUCUCUGGCCUCAUGAAAGGAAUCUGUCGUCUCUCUCCUGAAGACGACAACAUCGCCGGUGCCCACAUUGCCGUUUCGUCUGAGCGCCAAGCCAUCAUUGCCGAAGCCGUCGGGCGCUGGCAUUUCGAUGCCCACGAAUUCUCCGACGACGAGCUGCUGGUGGCUGCGAUGCAGAUGUUUAAACAUGCCCUGACCUCCCCGGAACUCGAGAGGUGGCGGAUACCAGCAGACCGGCUCAUUAGCUUCCUUGUCGCAUGCCGUGCUGCAUACAAUAGCUUUGUCCCCUACCAUAAUUUUCGUCACGUGGUGGACGUCCUUCAAGCGACGUUCAAUUUCCUCGUCCACAUUGGCGCGUUCCCUCCGUACCCGACAUGGUCUCAACCGAGAUCCAAGGUGCAGAGAUCGCCAAUCGCCUCGCUCGUCAGCCCCUACGAAGCAUUGACCCUUCUCGUCACAGCCAUUGGCCACGACGUGGGCCACCCCGGAGUCAACAAUGGCUUUCUCACCACCUUGAACGCCCCGCUAGCGCAGCUGUACAAUGACCGAUCUGUCCUAGAGUCGUUCCAUUGCGCCGCCUUUUCGCAGAUCCUUCGCAGGUAUUGGCCCGCGGUGUUCGAAGACAGGAAGAUGCGCGGCCUGAUGAUUAGCUCCAUUUUGGCCACAGACAUGGGUCUCCAUUUUGACUACAUGAAGAAGAUGGCGACGCUCAAGGAGAAUCCUGCAAACUGGAAUGGGCGCCAAGUUGAAGAUGCCAAGGUUCUCGCAUGUUCGCUCCUUAUUAAGUGCGCAGACAUUAGCAACGUGGCACGCCGUCAAUCAACAGCACUGAAAUGGAUGCAUAUGCUCUCGGAGGAGUUUUCAAGACAAGCCUCAAUGGAGGACGAACUCGAGAUCAAGUCGUCUUUGAUGUCCCCCCCGAAAAAAGACAUUCUAUCCCUGGCCAACGCCCAGAUUGGGUUCAUGAACAUGUUCGCCAUACCACUGUUCCAAGGUGUGGCUGAAAUAAUGCCAGGCAUGGAAUACGCCGUCAAGGAGCUUCACAUCAACAAGAAAUUCUUUGAAGAAAAGGUGAAGGAGGAACAGGCCAAGGCAGCGGAAGCGGCUAGCGAGAACGUCCGGCACCGGCGAACGAGAAGCUACCCGAUCGAAAAUGACAGCGAGAUGAAGAACAUUGAGAUUUCGCCCGCACCGAGUCCCUCGACUGCCAAAUCUGGCCACGACCCCCAUACCCCUGUCGAGCACCCGGACGUCAACGGCAUAGCCUUUGGAAUCCCUUCAUCUUUUGACGCUGCGGAUGGUGAUCCUUUUACCUGCCACCGACCAGACGAUUCUAUCGAAGGCAAGUUGGUAUCGACAAAACAGCGGACGAGCGAGACCACCGAAGGCAGUUUAUCCGCUGGUUACCCCGCGGACUGGGCUUCACAAGCAGCGAGUACGGCCACUGGCAAGAUGACUCUGUCACCCAGUACGCAGGGCACCAGCAUCGUCAGCAACGAAUCUGGAGAGCGAACCCUCAGCGUCCCUGCGUUUAACAUGUCGCCUCUCAGCCUCAAGGGAUCCCCAACAUCACCACGCCGAGAACGAGAACGGGAAAGAGAACGAGAACGAGAAAUGGCGCAAGGAGACGAGGAUUCGCACCUCGGAGGCAGCAUAGGCAGAGCCGAAGGCAAGGCGCUUAAGAAACGGCCAAGCAGGUUUCGAAUGAAAGACUUUCCCUUCUUUAAGAGGAGCAAGGGAUCAAGUCCUCCAUUCCCGACCGCUGACACGUCUGGUUGAAGGGCGUCAAGUUACCAAUUUCUGUAACAGGCCGCAAGCAAACCAAAAGACACCGGAGAGACAACUUGCGACAAGGAAGCAAUAUACACCACUGCCACGCGGAACGAAAAUCCCGCGACGCGGCUACGAUUAUGGCCCUAUGAUUUACGAAUGCGAUUGUGCGAAUAUAGCCCUUUUUAUGCGGGUCACGGCCACGUUAUGAUGUGCCUUUUUCUUCACGGAUCGCGGGAAAUCAUUCGGUCGGUUCAUGGCGUUGGAUCCUACAAGUCGGUCACAUCUUGCCACUUUGAUGUUGCACUAUGAUGCCUGCCGAACGGAUUUGACGGGAAGACAAAAUA